AUGGAAGGGGGAAACACCAAGAGAAAACAAAAGCGAGAGAUCAAGAAAAUUGAGGAUAAAAAAGAUCUUCAAAAAACUCUAGCAAAGAGAAAAUGUGGCAUUUACAAGAAAGCUAGUGAGUUAACAACUAUCUGUGGGGCAAAAGUUGAUAUGCUUAUGUUUACUUCAUCUGGAAAAUGGUUGAGUUAUGGGGAACCUUCUCACCAGGCAAAUAUCAGGUCUAGCGAUGAAGAAAAUGACCCUACAAAAGAUGAUAUUAAUGAGCCUGUGGAGGAUCACGCCAAAUCAAAGAUUGAUGAACUCUGUGAAAAAAAUAAGGCACUUAUACAUCAAUUGCACUAUGAGGAAGAACGAGAGAAUAAACUUGUUGAAAUUAUGAAGACAAGAAAUACACAUGGUUGGUGGGAGGCCAAAAUUCAAGAUCUUAAUUGUGAACAAGCUAAGGAAUUGGAGGCAUCUUUUGUGGAACUCAAAAAGAAAUUGGAAAAUGAGCUUUCAGUCAAGCAAGGAGACAAUGGAAAAUCAUCUCAUGUGGAUGAAGUCAAUUUAUGUCCUACUCACACAAAAGGGAGUAACCUUUCUGAAGUUGUUUUUGGUGCCAACAACGAUGCUCGUGGAAUUAGUACAAGUGAAAGUAUUUUUCCAGAUAUUUCCUUUAGUCCUAUAAAUGAAGGGGGUGUUUUCACAUUUUAUCCAUAUGGUGAACGUAGGGAAGAUCUAUUUGAUAUUGUUUAUCCUCCCACAAAUCAAGCUCGUGGACACAAUUUGUUUGUUAAUGAUGCAAAUGCAAGUAGCAACCAUACUCAUGUCGCCUCAUCUUCAAAAAAUUCUCAAGAAAAUAUUCCACAUCUACCUAAUGCAAUAUAA